AUGCAGCGUCACGGUUUCCACUACUCCUUCACGCAAAUCCCUUCGCAACCACGAACAGAGGAAGCUGUGCCAUCAGAGCAUCCGGGACAGAAUAUUGACCUCGUUACUGCUUCUUCGCCGGGGUCAUACCAUCACGAACUGAACACACCACGCCAGGGAGACAACCCGUCUAUAUAUUAUAGUCACAGUGGCACACAGUGGCCAGUUCAAUCUUCCAGUGCCUUGGAUGUUGUCUCCGAGCCGGCAUACCAGCAGGACGGAAAUAUACAGGACUCCCAAAGCAGCAACCUGACAGGGUAUGUGCACGCUCAGUCGAUGAGCAACUGGUGGGCUGUGAACGACCCUUCGUUCGCACACGUCCGGCUGCUCCACGGCGAUCCUAUGAGAUACGCCACCGAGCUCCAGCCGUCGGCAUUUCCGCCACCAAACCAUGUCGCCACAGAAUGGAUCCAUCCUAACGCCCAACCGAUGCCUGGAUCUGCUCCCCAAAGAAUCACACAAUCCUUUGAGACUUUGGCAGAGCGCACCGGUCACUACGAUCACCACCAUUUCCAGACGACUGCGCCACUAAAUCAGAACGUCCAAUACAACUCACUUCCUCGCAGUUUCCCGAUUGUGAAUGACACAGUCGCUGAACCUGGCGCUCGCGUUCACGAAGGUAUCUCUUCCGGGACGAUCUCUCAUGCUGGGCACACGGUAUCGCCAAGCUUCCACCUUCGAGGAAUGCCGCAACACCAUAUUGCGAGUUCAUCGGGGAAUCUCACGACCGGUGAGGGCGUCAUUCCGCAGGAGAAGUGCAAAAGGGACAGCUUCAGAUGGACAGCAGAGACAACAGUACCAUUGCAACAGCUGUCUGAACAAAUACUUCUCGAGGCCAGAAGACCUGAUGCGCCAUUCCACAACGGCCAGCGCACAUCGAGGAGAUACAUCACAUACUUUUACUUGCGAAGUCUGUGGGACUAG